UUGUUGAAACAACUUUUUUCCUAAAAUUAUAUUACACAUAGUUUCUUUUAAAACAAUUUAUUGUUUUAUUAACGAUUUCCACAAGUUGUCUAUUAGAUAUGUAAUAUUGAAACAAAUGCAAACGACAUUUAUGACAGAUUGUUCUUUCCUUGGUUACUGGUUAUUUUGUGUACGUAUCGAGUUAGAGUUUGAAUUUAUUCGAUUUCAUUUAAAUUGUUUUAUUGUACGUAUAGUUCGUUCAUAAAAUUUGGUAUUCCUUGUUGAUGUGCAGAAGAUAAAAUGUGCGAUAAACGUAAUAGUUUUUGUUAUAUAUGUGGCUAUUUUGUGGACAAUCGCCAUCGGUACAAAUUUGAAAGCAACAAAGUUGCCAUUGAAGAAUAUAAUAAAUUAUUUAAUACUUCUUAUGACGGUAGUUCUUGGUAUGAGCCGGAGUACAUAUGUUUACUUUGUUUAACAAUACUUAAAAUAGGAAAAUCCAAAAAUAACGAAAAGCACACUUCCUUGCCCUUCUCGGUUCCAAUGACAUGGCAUUAUCAAGUUUAUCAUAAAUCGGAUGAUUGUUACUUUUGUCAAACAAAUAUUGUAGGUCAUCAAUAUAAAACGCGUAAGUUAAUAAAAUAUGCCGAUGUUUUGACUAUCACAAAACCAGUACUUCUUGAGUCUUCUAAGACUGAAAAAGCGGAAAAAGAGGAAUUGCCUGAUUAUUUUGAUCAAAAGAUGAAUGAUCUAAAGAUUUCUGAAGAUACAGAUUAUGUUCCACCCUCAUCGUGUUCAAAGGAACCACAUUUUGUUUCAAAUCUGGAUUUUAUCGAUCUUUUACGCGAUCUAAAAUUAUCUGGAAGACAGUCUGAAGUCCUUGGUUCUAGAUUAAAACAGUGGAAUUUGGUCGAAAGAGAUUUUAAAGUAACUUCCUGCAGAAAUAAUGAUAAAAAUUUGUUUAAAGAAAUUUUUAAAACUGCCAAUGACUGUAGCAAUCUCGUGUAUUGUUCGAACAUUCCAGAGUUAUUUUCAAUUUUAAAUCACGAUUACAUACCAGAGGACUGGCGACUAUUUAUUGAUGGAUCAUGCAAAAGUUUGAAGGCUGUAUUGUUGCAUAAUGAGAAUAAACUCCCAUCAGUUCCUUUAGCGUAUGCAACUGAUUUGAAGGAAACAUAUGGGACAUUGGCAAAAAUUCUUGAAUCCAUCAAUUAUGCUGCCCAUGAAUGGAAAAUUGUCAGUGAUUUAAAGGUUUUAACAAUUUUGUUAGGGAUGCAAGGUGGUUAUACGAAAUAUCCUUGUUAUUUCUGUGAAUGGGAUAGUCGCGCACCAAACAAGUAUGAUCGAAAAGAAUGGCCAGCACGUAAAAUGUUUCAGCUUGGAAAGAAAAAUGUUUUAAACAUUCCUCUAGUGCAACCAGAAAAUAUUAUAUUACCACCCUUACAUUUGAAACUUGGCUACAUGAAGCAAUUUGUUAAAGCUUUAAAUUCGAAUAGCGAAGCAUUUCUACAUCUUCAGAAAGUGUUUCCUAAAUUAAGUGACGCUAAAAUUAAAGCAGGUACGGCAGAUUAGGUUGUAAAAUAUUUUUUUAGGCCUCAAUUUUGCUGAAAUAAAUUACAUUAAUCACGAUAUUAACUGAAUUCGUGGUCUUCGUUGACUUAAUACUAAGUAAGCAUACAUAUUAAUAUUUAAAACUAAUUUUCUCAUACUUUGUAGGUGUAUUUGUUGGACCUCAAAUAAGAAAGAUUAUGCGAGACAAAGAGUUUGCUGAUUAAU